GGCUGACACUUGUUAGUAGUGUAUUUUCGUUUUAUCGAAUGUGCAUUUUAUAAAAAAAUCAGUGCCUUCGUAAUCGCGUAUGGUGCGUGUAUGUUUGUACAACUAAUACAGAAGUGGUCUUCCUUUUUUAUUAAAUAGUUCCCUUAUCAUGUAUUAUCAGGAGACAUCAAAAUGUGCCGUGAAAGUGCUAAAGGCAGAAUAAUUACCCGUCACCAGCCAUAUUCAUAUGUGUUCUUUUGUUAUGACAAUUGUGAUAUAAUUCUUGCGGAAUAUAGUGCCAAGGUGAAGUGAUAUUUUGCUUUGUUGCGCUUCUACUUUGUUACUAGUGUUUCGUACAAGAUUCGUUUCACUACGAAAUAGAUUAAAUGAAAGGUCAUAUAGUCGUGCUGCAGCCGGGGCAGAGAUGAGGGGAGGCCAAGCAGAGAUCGAAGAAGGGAUGAAUGGAACGGCGGCGUUGCGACGCAGCGUCGGGGAUGGCGGAGGCGCCGCCGGGGGUGGGACCGUCGAACCAGCACCCGUUGCCACCCUCGUCGUCUACAAGGACGAGGCCGGAUACGGGAUGAAAGUCUCCGGUGAUAACCCCGUCUAUGUUCAAUCUGUAAAGGAAGGCGGUGCAGCCGCGAGAGCUGGCCUUCACGCGGGUGACAAAAUUAUCAAGGUUAACGGCGUGAAUGUAAUGCAGUCCACGCAUACGGAUGUUGUACAGCUCAUAAAGUCUUCGACGCAGGUGGUACUGACGGUACAGCAGAAGCCAGUUGCAACGAGCAGCGCGGCGACGACAGCCACGGGGCUACAGGUUGGUUUGGCGGGUGGACAUCAACGGCCAGUCAGUUUAUCAGCUGGAACUACGAUGGUAUCACCCUCUCAACCGGCAACUUCCUUACACAGGGCGUCGACUGCUCCAGCAGCCGGUGCACCGUGUAAUGCACGUAUCACGGGACCUCAACCCGUUGAUCAUGAGAAAAAGCGGCAACUGGAAACUCAGCGCGUUCAUACAUUCAUACUUAUGUUGGAUAAAGAACAAAGUUACGUUGAUAAGCUUCGUAACGAACUCGCGAAAGCCAGCACUGGUAGUGGUAAUGUUAACGUUGUAGCACUACAAACAGAAUUGGCGGGCGCCGAAAGGAGGGUGCGCACCCUGCAGGAACAGCUAGCUGCAACUACUACUAUGGAACAGCUCUCACAGGGUGCGAAUUUGGGCUCUUCAAAUUCACUUAAUAAGCACCAACGAACAAAAUCCAGUCCAGAACAACUGGGAACAACAACUAUUUCUCCAUCAGAAGCUAGUAGACGUUUAAUAGCAUCAGAAUCAAUGAAUGAUCUUUCUCCUCCAAGACAUGUAAGGCAUAGUGACAUUGAUAUUGAUGAAUUACCUCAUAUCACUCCUCCAGGAACUCCACCACCACCAUAUCCAGUUGCUAGUCCAGGAAAUGAUACCUCCAGUUCUACUAUUAAUGAUACUACAUUAAACGAAGGCAUUCCUGGUUUGCCAAUAUUGCAGCAGCAAAUCAUGUCGAUGGAAGAUGAUGAUAUGAGUGAUCAAGAUGUUGGACGAUCAGAAGAUCAUGGUCCAUUCAAAUCUUGGUCCAGAUUAUGGGGACAUCAUGCACACCUUGCUGUAUUUAUUAAUUUUGUUUUAUCAAACUGUGAUCCCUCCAGUCUUUUGUUCUAUUUAGUAACGGAUCUGUACAAAGAAGGCAAUGCAAAAGAAAUGAGAAAAUGGGCAUAUGAAAUUCAUUCUAGUUUUUUAGUACCUGGUGCACCUCUCCAUCUGGAUAAUGUAGACGAAAGUGUAGCACAUGAAAUAGAUGAUGUUCUUUUGAAGGAAUCUGAUAAGGAAGAGAUUUUACGAAAAAUUUUUUGGAAAGCACGUACACGUGCAAAAGAAGAAUUAAAUGAGCAACUUAUAGACUUUCAACAUAAGAGAACUGCUGGAUUAGGUACAUUAUUUGGUCCAAGUGAUGCUCAGUUGGAUGAAAGUGCAUCUGAUAAAGCACGAGAAACUAAAAUCAUAGAAACAUACCUUUUACCCAAAAUGGAGCCUUAUUUAGAUGAUAUUGAAAACGAACACGUAGAUUUGCGACAAUUUACAACAGCAGCAGGUCUAGCGACAAUAUUAACUAAAAUUUUCCAAAUUCGACCAGUAUCACUUGAGCGAGUAUCUACUUUUGUGGCAAAAGAUAAAUCAAAUCUCAAAGCGCGUCUGCUUACGGGAAAAACAAGAAAAAUGACAAUCAGGGGUCAUCAUUUUGUAGCUCAUCAAUACCUUACUAUUACUUAUUGUAAUCAUUGUCAACUUAUCAUUGGCGGGAUUGGACCUCAAGGAUAUUUAUGUAGUGAUUGUUCUCUAAGUGUUCAUCGUCAAUGUGUUCGUGUAGUAGAAGAGAAUUGUCCAGGACCGUUAGUUAGAAAGGAAAAAGGUAACGAUCGUAUAAGUAAAUUGAUGGAACGUAUUAGGCCUGAAAGGAAACCACCAUCAUCACACCAUCACCAUUAUUCUCAAAAUCACAUGCUUCAUGUUGAUAAAAUUAAAAAGAGCGAAGAAGAUGCUGGUGCACUGACCGAUGGUGAAAAUGGAGAACAUCGCGGGGGCGGCAUAGCCGGAAACGCGCGUAGUAGUAGCGAAAGAGGACGCAUUUCCGCUUACAGCGGAGCCUCCGAUCACGCCGAUAGUAUGGACAAUCCUUCCUCGCGGGAAGAUAUUUCAGACAUGGUGCAGCAAAAUAUUUCCAGUAAGCCAAAGACGUCAAACAUAAACAGGUCUGAAAGUUACAAGGAGCGGAUACAUCACAAGCGCCAGCUACGAGAAAAGAGGAAGACCAGCGAUCCAAAUCUCUCCAAAACAAAUGACUGUGAACCUGCCGGGUCGUUUCCCGGUAAUUCAGCGGGCAGUUCGUCGAACAGCAGCUUGUCGACGAGAAGUCUGGACAGUCCGAGUACCAGCCUGGAGCAGGUACAUCCAGCCACCUCGGCAACGAACACAUCGACCUCGUGGGAUAGCGAUGUUGAUGUUGAACCGGAUCCACCCGAUUGGAGUCAAGGCGUUACCGAGGAUGUCCUCGCUCAUCUCAGUAAUGCAGAGAAAAAGCGGCAAGAAGUUAUCAAUGAACUCUUUCACACGGAGCGGUCUCACGUGCGGGCGCUGAGAGUGCUAUCACACGUCUUCCACAAACCGCUUCUCGAAUCUCAAGUACUUCCCUUAGACCAAAUACAGUUACUGUUUUCCAAUCUGGAUGAAAUGGUAACGAUUCAUUCGCGCUUCAAUCAAGCAAUGAAGCGUAAAAAGAAGGAAAAUCCGUGUGUAGGCGACGUUGGCGAUCUUCUUUUGGAAAUGUUCGACGGAGAGAACGGAGAAACUUUUGAGAGAGCCGCGUCUACCUACUGUUCGAAACAACAAGUAGCUCUCGAUGCUCUGAGAGACCGUCGUCGUAAAGAUCCGAAAUUGAAUUCUUUCUUGAAUGAGAUCGAGGCUAAUCCCCUUUGUCGAAGGUUACAGCUCAAAGAUCAUAUACUGACAGGGAUGCUUAGAUUAACCAAAUAUCCUCUGCUCUUUGAGAAUUUAGCGAAGUAUUCAUCAGAGAGUAACGAAAAAGAAAGAGCCGCGGUUUUGCGAAGUCUCGAACGAAGCAAGGAGAUUCUUAGCUGCGUUAACCAAGCGGUACGCGAGGCUGAAGAUUAUCAGAGGUUGUCAGAGAUCCAGCGUACUAUUGAUAGAUCUGCAUUUGAUAAAUUCGAUCAUCCGACCGUUCAAGAAUUCAAGAAUCUAGACAUCACGAAACGCAAAUUGAUUUACGAAGGUCCAUUACAGUGGCGUAGGACCGAGCAGAAUCGAGCGAAACCAGUCGAUUUGCAUGUGGUGCUGCUCGAUGACACAAUACUCCUGUUACAUCGACAAGACGAAAAGUACCUGCUAAAGUUCAUCAAUCCAAAUCAAGCGAACUCUGUGUUGAGUCCUAUUGUAAAAGUGUCUACUGUUCUUGUCAGGCAUAAUGCCGUGGAUAAAAAUUCUCUCUAUCUGGUCAACACGUCGCAAAAUGGUGCGCAGAUCUAUGAUUUAGUGGCAGCCUCACCUGCAGAACGAAAGCAAUGGUUUAAGCAUAUCUCUGAGGCAGCUGAAGCGUACAAGGCUCGUGAUAAACAAGGUAGAAGACCUACUCCACCUAUUACACUGCCAGAAGAACCUGGACCUACGAUCGAAGAUCCUUCGUCGACAGAACACGACAAUAUUCCUAAUAAGACGGAUCAGGAACAAGAACAAGAACCAGAAACGAAAGAAUCUGCACAAGAUACUAGCGUAGAACAAGAAGGAGAAAUACCUAUUACUCCUGGAUCUGAUAUUUCAAGGACUGAACAAACGAAACAGCCACAACAACAUUCAUCUGAAGCUUCAACAACAGGCACAGGAGAACCACUACGAUUGGUUACUUGUACGCAAGCCUCGUUAAUUGAUCCGCUUGAAGUUCAUGUCGAAGUUCCACCUGUACAUGUUGCGAAACCAAUGUUUACACCUAUUGAAUGUCUUAGGAGAAAAGACGAGAUAAUUAAACAAACUUUAAUCGAAAAACAGUUGUUGGUAGCAGAUAUAUUACAUAUUCCAAAAGAAGAUUUUGAACAUGUAGUAGAUAUGGCGUCUGAACCGUCAAGUAUGGAAAAAGAACCUGCUGAGCUCAUACUUGCUGCGAAUAUUCAAGCGAAUCAAUUAGUAGGAAUGUUGAAUUCCGCAUUAAACGUAAGCGAAGCGGAAUCUGUUCUUGCGUCACGUGGAGCAUCGGCAUUAGUAACACCACCAAGUUGCGAGGCGACUGGUUGUCCAUCGCCAAGAAUGCAUCUUCAUUCUCAGCAACCAGCGAUAUCAAUUGCGAGUUUGCAACCAGUAUGUCAUUCUUUGACCUCUCAGUUGUCACAAUUACUGGAAAUUAUAAAAGAAAGAGAGGAAGAACGGGAAACAUUGAGAAAAGAGUUACGUAGAAGUAGAGAAUGUCUCCAUGCUCUCGAUGCAGAUAUACAGCGUCGAGAAUUUUCAGAAACAUGCACCGUAUCAAGCCAAACACAAACGGAAUUCGGUGAAAUUUUAAAUAAGGAUAGCAGUAUUGACGAUCCUACUCGUGAUGAAUUUAUGGAUGCACGUGGUGAGUCCGAGACAAAUGAAGAAUUAGAACAUACAGAACAUGAAACAGAAACAGAAAUAAUGAGCGACAGUGUUGGUUGAAACAUACAAGAUGGUUGUAUUAAAGAAUGUCGACCAGGUGCAUUUCACGAGCAAGAUCGUUUUCGAAUGCUCAUACUGGAAGAAAUCAAAAUUAUGUAAAAAAAUGACAAAUGGCGAGUAGCUGUUUAUGGAAUACAAUAAUAUUAGAUACAUAUUUACAGAGUCAUGGGUCAAUGAUUAAUCAUACCUUUGCCAAAGAUUUUAUGUAACUGGAUCUACAUGACGUGAGCAGCAUGCGCGCAUGCGUCAUAUUAUAUCAAUGACUGGAAAUUACAUAAAUUUUUUAUUACCAAUAGUAUAACGUUGCAGUUUCUAAAAUAAUAUGGUGAAGGAAAUUUCUUUGAAAAGAGUAGAAAAUCCCAAAUAGAUUGCUAAAUUUACUCAAAUUUAAUCUUUCUCUUAUAUACAGUAUGCAUAUAA